CUGUUGGUGCUCGAACGCUAUUCGUUGCUUGGAGGUGUUGACUACUUACCUCGCUAUUUAAAAGGUGUGUUGUGCAUUUUAAGCGUGCACCUCGUUUUAUGAAAGUGUGUGCCGGCAGUUCUCUACUUUAAUUAUGAAAUAUCCAGAGAGUGUCGAAUUUAAGUCAGGUAUGGCCGACAUAGAAAAUAAGCCAAAUGGGACCAUAGAAGAAAAUGGGCCUGUUGCCAAAUAUGAUCCAGAUGAUCCAGAAAGUCAGAAACAAAUGUGGAGGCCUCCAGAUAUUGACCAGGAUAUGAAAGAAAUGGAAAGAAGGAAAAGGGUGGACAUGAUUAUGAACAGUCAAGUAUUUCGGGAAGAAUUGGAGCGUAUUAUAGAAUCACAAAUUAAUGAAGGUUAUCUACCAGCCAACUUAACUGCUUUACAACAAGUGACAGAACUACUACUACCUAAUCGCCGCUCUUCAGGUUUUCGAUCUGGACAUUGUGUAAUUCCUAUUAAUGAUAUUAGAGGAGUUGAUGGUAUUCGUUACACCAAAAUGGAAAAACUUCUUCGUUGUAAAUUGGCAGCAGUUUACCGACUGAUUGAUCUAUAUGGAUAUUCUGAAAAUAUUUACAAUCAUAUUACAGUUCGUGUUAGUCAAGAUUUGGAACACUUUCUUCUCAAUCCGUUCGGUCUGCAAUAUCCUGAAGUUACAGCCUCAUCUUUGCUUAAAGUUGACAUGCAAGGCAAUGUAGUAGAUCCUGGAUCUACUUCAUUUACUUUCAAUAGAGCAGGUUUUGUUCUACAUUCUGCUGUACAUGCUGCACGUCCAGAUGUCAGAUGUGUAAUUCAUAUUCAUCAUCCACCAUGUGUUGCAGUUUCUGCUAUGAAGACGGGUCUACUGCCCGUUUCGCAAGAAGCAGCAUUAAUUGGAGAUGUUAGUUACCAUGAUUAUCAAGGUAUUCUUGUGGAUACUAAUGAGCGAGAGCAAAUAGCUAGGGAUCUUGGACCUGUCAAUAAAGUUAUGAUUCUGCGAAAUCAUGGAGUUAUUGUUUGUUGUGAAUCAAUAGAGGAAGCCCUUUUUUAUCUACAGAAUCUUGUAUUAGCAUGUGAAGCACAGGUGAGACUGAUGCCUAUUGGGUUAGAAAAUAUUCAGAUUAUGAGUGAAGAGGCUAAACAGAAAGUUAGAAGUAUAAUUACAGAAAAUCAUGCUGAGGUUACUGGAAAGCCUGAUGGAGCUGUUGAAGAGGAUAAAGAUACAAAAGUAAAAAAAUUCAAAGUUUGGGAUCUGGAAUUUGAAGCCCAAAUGAGAAUGCUAGAUAAUGCAGGCUUCCGUACUGGUUAUUUGUACAGAUAUCCUUUAAUAAGAGUGGAAGUUCCCCGUCAGAAGAAUGAUGUUGAAGUUCCACCGUCAGCCACAUCAUUUGCUCAGUAUUUUGAAGAGGACAAAUGGCUUAGUCCUUUAAGAAAACUUAUGGAAGGGAAAAAAACACAUGAAAAAUUAAGAUGGGUGAACUCUCCUAACGUUUAUCAGAAAGUUGAAGUUUUGGAAACUGGUACAAAUGAUCCAAAAAAGAUAACCAAGUGGGUCGAAAAGCCAGAUAUUGGGGACAAUGAUUCUUGGGUUCAAGAGGGCUCACCUUCUCACAGCACUCUUGUGAAAAUUGAGAGCCCCCAUCAGUUUAUACCAAAAACGGGUGACCCAAAUGAAUUUAAGAAGAAACAAAAGGAGCUCAAACAAAAUAGAAUGCAUUCAAAAAUUACAGCUGGACCUCAGUCAUCUAUUUUGGAUGGAGUGACAUGGGAAGAAAUAAAGAAAAUGCAAGAUGCACAAAUGACAAAUGCUACUGGGGAUCAUGUGGUAUUGGUAGGUGCUGCAUCAAAAGGUAUAAUACAAAGAGAAUUCCAACAUAAUGCAAUGGUGUAUAAAACAGCUUAUGCGAAAAAUCCUUUUGAUAACAUUUCUGAUCAGGAUUUAGAAGAAUAUAAGAAAAUUGUGGAAAGAAAGCAAAGAGGUGAACCAGUUGAAGAUGAUAUUCCGGAUCAUAUCAAACCAUUACUAUUAGAGCCAGUACUAGCGCCAGAACACCAGACACUCAGUUCUCCUGUCCAAGAUCUUAAUACACCUCCACAGUCUCCUGCAUCACCAUGUUCUGAUGAAGAAGUUGUCAAAUCAGGUGCUUCUGUUCAGAGGUCUCUGUCUGCAAGACUGAGUGUUGAAGCUGCUGAAGAGAUACGAGAAAAGGGUUUUCAACACCGUACUUUUUCAGAGCGUAAACCGAAAACUAAACACACUGCUGAUAUAACUGUAAAUGGAGAAGAAAAAUUAAAGUCGGCUGAAAGUGGAGAAGUGUCAGCUGCAUCCAGAAGUAGCAAAGAGAGCUCACCUGUAAAAGAGUUAGGUGAUGAGUCUCUUAAAAAGGAUAAAAAGAAAAAGAAGGGUCUUCGCACGCCAUCAUUCCUAAAGAAAAAGAAACACAAGAAGGAGAAGGAAGAUAAGGAAAAGGUAGCAUCAUAAAUGUGAAAUAAGUACUGCCAAGUAUGAUAUUUCACAUGUAUAACUGCCAACACUUAUUUACACUUUGGCUUGGUGCUGGAUGUGACUGUAUAACUUCAUAAUUUGAAUGGCCUGCAUCAUGUUCAAAAUGUGUGCUUCGGAUUCAGAGAUUCCAUAGGUUAUUCAUCUAGAGAUGAACUGAAUAGUCACUUCAGCUUACUUCUUCCAUUAUGCUGGUGUGAACAUUAUGGGGUUUACUAAUAUGUCGCAAAAAAGUAAAAGUGAUUGGCAAAUACCCUGCUUCCUGUUUGUAUUAUGUCAAGAACCAAUUAUAUUUUUCUUUUUUAAAACUUGAAAAUAUAGUCCCAUAUCUUUUUCUAAAUAUGUAUACUUGAUUUAUAUGUAUUAUAAGGUUGAUUUUUUAAAGGAAAAUAUUUACUGAUCCAUGACAAAGUCUGUAUACAAAUUCUAGCUAAGUACUGUUUCUAAUGAGUUUACUUAUAAAGGAUUCAUUGAAACAUUAGAGGCAGCUAUAUUAAAAAUGAAAUAUUAAAUAAUUUAUCCUUGUUUUGUAAAAUUCCAUGACCAGAAUCAAGUUAUAUAUUUAGUAUGAAGAAAAUUUUUGUUCUUUGUAAUACUUUUUACUGUUUGCUAGCUUUUAACAUUUUCUGCAUUUAGUUUUUGUAUCUUAACUGUAUUAUUUUGCAACUGAAACUUUCUCUGAGUUUUUAAGGUGUUUUUAAAAUGUUUUGUGACUUGAAAUGAUUGGUAAAUGUUUAGCAGAAUUUGUCAGCAUAUGUGCCUGUAUGUAAAUAAAAUUUUAUUGAUAAUUUUGUUCUUUGUUAUCAGUAUAUUUGUAUUUUCUUGAUGUAAGAAGAUUAGUGUUUAUUGAAAUGUCAAAGGCUUUAUAUCAAGAGCUAUCUUCUGACUAUAUUAUCAGAACAGUCAUUAAUUGGCAUGUGCUAGUGUUACGAGAGAGAGAAUACUUUCUAGCUUUCUAGGAAUGAAAAAGGUUGCUUUUGGGGAGAAAAAAAAAAAAAAAAAAAAAAAAAAA